GCAUCGCAAAAAAAAACAAACAAGUUUGAUCAGAAUCGUCGAACGUAUCUGAUGCGAAUGCAUUUUAAUUUAACAAAAAAAAAGCAAUCGAAUAAUAUUGUGGUUUAUUGUGUGCAUUGUGUGUUACGUAUAGCAAAGUUCAUCAAUUUCAUUGCAUUGUUAAAAAGUGAAUGCAUUUAUUUGUGAAGUUCGUAAAGUGUAGUUUGGAAAAUAAAUUGGAACAACAGCCAACAGGAAAAGAGAAAAUUUACAGCUGCGAAAAAAAUAUUUGGGUAGCAGCCGUGUGAAAAAAAUACAAAACAAAUGCCCUUAGAAGAAAAUGAAAGUUACGCGAGAAUGGCGAUCAAUUGAAUGCGAAGACAGGUUCCUUCAAGAAAUGAUAAUUUAAGGACGUUCUCAAAGUAAUAAUCAAAUUACCACAAAAAAUAAAACAAGUGCGUUCGAGGGGGAGGAAUGUGUUCACCGACUGUGCUGCAGGGUUGCUGCUCCCAAUGGCGUACCUGGAUCCGGCCAUUUCUGACCGCCGUGUACGUCUUGUUUGUGAUCAUCGUAGUGCCGCUGCUGAUCGUCAACUCUGUCAAAGAUGGCUUCUCCCGGAAAGAUCAGCUCAUUCUCAUCGGAGGGCUGUUUGUCCUUUCGGCCAUACCCAUUUCUAUACGGCAAAUUACACAACAUAUUGUACAUUUUACGAAGCCAAUCCUGCAGAAACCCAUCGUCAGAAUACUUUGGAUGGUGCCCAUUUAUGCCCUCAAUGCGUGGUUAUGUCUGCUGUACCCCCAGCAUGCCAUCUACAUGGACAGUAUUCGCGAGUGCUAUGAAGCUUACGUGAUCUACAACUUUAUGAAGUAUUUACUCAACUAUCUCAACCUAGAGAUGGAUCUCGAGCGAAUGUUGGAGUACAAGCCACCGGUGAAGCACUUCUUCCCACUGUGCUGCAUGUCUCCGUGGCCCACCGGCCGCGAAUUUGUGCACAACUGCAAGCACGGAAUCCUGCAGUAUACGGUGGUGCGACCGAUCACGACGUUUGUGGCCUACAUUUGUGAGGUGAACGGUGUUUAUGGAGAGGGUCUUUUUGAGACCGAUGUAGCAUUUCCGUACAUUUUGUUCAUCAACAAUUGUUCGCAAUUCAUUGCCAUGUACUGCCUGGUGCUGUUCUACAGAGCCAAUAGUGACGAGUUAAGACCGAUGAAACCGAUUCCAAAAUUUCUCUGCAUCAAGGCGGUGGUAUUCUUUUCUUUUUUCCAAGGUGUAGUCAUCAAUAUCUUGGUGUAUUUCCGCUUUAUCAACAACAUUUUCGGCUCGGAAGAGAACGAUGAUCCUCGUUUGCUGUCAUCGAAGUUGCAGAACUUCCUAAUCUGCAUAGAAAUGUUCCUUGCUGCGUUAGCGCAUCACUACAGUUUCUCGCAUAAGCCUUAUGAACGGAACAUUCCUGUUGGAUCCUUAGGAGUGGGAAUCGGGGGCAGUAUCAACGGAGGCAGCAAUGGAUCGUGGUACAAUGCUCUACUGAAUAUGCUGGACAUAUCAGACGUCCACCAGGACGUGAGUGAGCAUCUCGGUGUGGUAGGCAGUUCGUUAAGCAGACGAUUACGCGGCAGAACGACGUAUCAUAUGCCAAGGGGUGGCUCUGGAAUCUGUGAUAACAUGGGAGGGGGAUCCGAGCGGCAAUAUUUGGUGCCUCCGGCAGGUAGUUCUAAUAACAUUAGCGGAAAUAACUGCUAUCAGAGUGGACUGAGCAACUCCGGUAAUCAGCUGUAUUCCAACAUUCCUAAAUCAGCGCAAAACCAUUAUGGUGCACUGGAGAGUGGAAUAAGCAUUGUAAGGAAAAAGUCUGGCAAUGAAUUGGAUGCUCCUAACGAGGGUGCUCCCAAGGUGCCGAACAUAUUCAACCAAUUUCGGAAUUCCAAAAAUCUUGAUCUCACGUUGGGAAAGAGUCCCAGUCUUGACAAUUUGAACUCGAUCAAAAGCGAAACGACCACUUCGAGUAGCUCGAACCAGAAAGCUUUAGCGACCAAUAGUAGCACCCUUAGCGGACGGACGGCGGUAACCAGUACAACGAACAAUACGACAACUUCGACGUCGGAAGUGAACCUACGGAAAUCGGAGAGCAGUAACAGCGAUUGGCUUAGCACUCCUGACGAGGAUCUGGGUAUCGACGUAAAGGGUUUGAGUAAGGAUCGUAUCAACUACAAUCCAGAUUGGAAAGCAUAGGCGUGAAACAUUGUGAACGAAUAAUCUCGUACUGCGAUCAAGCUGGCCAAGCUUCAAAUAGACUAAUUCAUGUGGAGUCAGAUGAUUGGAGGAUCUUGAGUGUGCUUUGUGUGUGCGUGUUUUUUUGUAUAACUCAGAUGAAAUUACUUAUGUAUGAUAUUUACACUGUUAUAUUAUUUACAUAUGCUAGGUUAUUUAUCCAAAACAAAAAUAUUAUUUUUCGAUAUCAGACGUUCCAAAAUUUACUCAUGAGCCUAUAGUUCGAAGAAGAAGGUCGAAACAUGAAUUGAGAAUAUUUUGAUGUGUAUCUUAAAAAGAAGAGCAUUGUUCAAACACUGAUGGAACUCGGUGUUCGAUGGUAUUAUUAAGAUAAUACAUAUUGUAUAAAGAAGCGGUUGUUGCACGUGAUUUCUGAAAAUCUUAUUGCUCUUAUCCACAUUGCAUUGAUGCCUACGUUAAUAAUUGUAUGGAUAACAAGUUGACCCGGCAGAAGUUGUCCUGCAUAGUAGGGGAAAAAGGGCGCAUGCAAAGUUUCCACACGAAUCUUAACUUUAGGUUUUCACGAUUUACUGAACUUUACUCGUGAUUUUCGCAUGAGAAAAUAUCAUAUAAACUCGUUGGAGAUAAUAAGGAACCCAUCUGCUGUAGGAAUGAAGAAAAUCCAUCCAGCAGUUUCCGAGUUAUGUGGAUACGAACACAGACCAACUUAUUUUUAUUACAUAGAGAAAAAGAAAAUAGAAGAAAAAGAAGACAGAAUAAAACUUCAGUUUAAUUUUUAUGUGCGAUGGUGUAAAGGUGUCACGUUUUUCGGACCAUAAAAAGCGUCUUUUUGUGCUGUAUAGAAGAGAUAAAUUGACCAUCAUAUGCAACAAACGAUCAGAAUGAUCAAUAGCAGCCUUUCUUUGAAGCGUCAAAGCGAAACUCAUAAUUACCAAACACUAAUUACUAAUGUGCAUGCGCCGUAUUCUAGUUCACGUCCGAAUAUGUUGCAUUUGAAAACGAAAGAUAAAUGGUGUUCUCGUGUUUGCUAGCAAUGUGGAAUGGGGAAAUAUUCGGACGCAUCGUAUUCGAAAUAAAGGAUAGUACUCAUCGUUUUGACCUUCACUCGAUCUCACAUUAGGACUUUUAUGUUACCUGUCUUUAAGUUAGUUAACCGAAAAAUUACUAUCGACUUAUUUAAAACAAGAAUGCAACAUAUGUAAAGCAAUCAAAUUAAUAUAUUAUAUGAUGCGUAA